AUGAGUAAUUCGGACAUACCGUUGCCAGCCAUCCAAAAUCCAGUUUUGAAAUUCGAUAUGUUCAACUGCGAAACAGAUCAGAUAACUACUGAUCAGAAGAUCAUGUUCGAAUUCAGUUCGUACGCCCAAGGUUCAUCUAAAAAAGUGGCUGAAGCCUCGUGUGCAUUAUCGUUGAUUCGUCAGCUGUAUCAUAAUGGUUUCAUUGGUGCGUUCAGUGGUGAUAGAAAAAAGAAAACUGCUGAUCAGCUCGAUGAAAUACCGGUGAAUGUGAAUGAAGAUUUAUCGAAUCAAAUAGCUGCGUACUUGAAUGAAAUGAAUAUAUCGGAGGUUAAAGAGUUCGAUAAUGCGUCCCCGAGCAGUCCGCUCUCUUUGAUAAUACAACAAAAACUAGAUCAGUUCGAUGUUUCUGAUCCUACUUUUGGUGGCACAAUCUCAUGGGCUCCAUCAGUUCAAAAUUGGAAUCCGUGGAAAGCACUCAAUAUCGACGAAGCUCCGCUCGCAUUUAUGCCGUUAGAGGAGAUCAGUGCAAAGUUAUUCGACGAUGAGCAGAAAAGAAUACCACAACAAAGUAUUCGAGAGCAACGUGAGUCAUUACCGGUAUUUCAAUAUCGUGAUCACAUCGUUAACACAAUCGAUCGGAGCUCUGUGACGCUCAUUAAAGGUGAAACUGGCUGUGGGAAAUCUACUCAGGUGUGUCAGUAUUUACUCGAACAUUUUAUCCUGAACAAUAAAGGUGCUAAUUUUGCGGCGAUUGUUACUCAGCCACGACGGAUUAGUGCAAUAACGUUGGCAGAGCGAGUGGCUGAGGAACGUGGUGAAAUAUUGGGUGAUUCCAUUGGAUAUGGCGUUAGAUUUGAUUCGGUGCUACCUCGACCAUAUGGAUCGAUAAUGUUCAUGACCGUUGGUGUUUUCCUGAGAAGACUCGAAUCUGGUUUAAGAGGAAUCACUCACGUAAUUGUUGAUGAAAUACAUGAACGUGACAUUGAUAGCGACUUCGCGUUGAUCGUACUUCGUGAAAUGGUUCGUCAGUACCCAGAAAUGCGCUUGGUUCUGAUGUCUGCAACAAUUGAUACCGACUUAUUCACAAAUUAUUUCGGUGAUUGUCCAAUUAUUCAACUCCAAGGACGUACAUUUCCUGUUCGAGGU